UAUGUCUGCAGGAGUAGCAUUGGAGGAGAGACAGGACGUUCAAACUCGGAAGGCUGCCACGCCCACCUUACCCGAGGCUCUCUGCGCCUUCUUCCACACCACGCUCCGCUCUGCCUUUUCCACUUCGUUGCCAUGCCAGCCCAAGCCCAAGCCCAAGACCCUCCACAGAUGGCGUCUCCGUCCGCGCCGCCGCCGUCGUCGUCGUGGGUCAUCCUAGGUAGCAUCCCAAGUGUCUCCACGCCGGCGGACGGCGGCGACGCCUCCGUCGCGCUCACGGCGCCGCCGCGCGUCUCGAUCCUCACCGUCACCCCGCGCGUCUUCCCGGAUCCGCCAACGCCCCACUUCUUCCCCUUCGUCCUCGCCGCGGACCCCUCCGGCCUGCUCCUCCUGCAGGCCAACCUGCGCUGCACCCCGACUCGUCAACUCAUCGACCAACCAGGCCAAGAAGGCGUCAUGUGGAAAUACAACAACUCCCGCUACUUCGUGCUCGACGCCACCACCGGCUCGGCGUUCCACCUCCCCGACCCCGCCCCCCAGCCCCAGCUCACCAUCCUGCACCAGGCCCUCCUCGGCCUUGUCGUCUCCCCCGGUGGCGGCGGCCACUACAUGGUCGCGGAGCUCCAGCCCUUCAUCGGCACCGACACGGCCACGCUCCUCUGCUUCUCUACAGAGGUUGGGGAGUGGGUCGCCAAGCCCGUCCAUUACCCUCUCCCGCCCCGGUCGUGGGCUGCCACCUGCGUGCUCUCGCACCGCGGGAGGCUCUGGUGGGUCGACCUCUCAUGGGGCGUCCUCACCUGCGACCCCUUCGCCGACGACCCGGUCCUGGGCUUCAUCCCGUUCCCGCCGGACAGGGUGCUCAGGUGCAGGGAAGCUUGGGGAGUCACCGACCAGUACCGUUGCGUCGGGGUGAGCGACGGCAAGCUGCGCUUCGUGGACACGUACAUGGGCAAGCGUCGUGCUCCUCCCACUGUGAGCGUCUGGACGCUGGCGGAUCCAGACUCGACAGAGUGGACGCUGGAGCACGAGGCGACGUUCACAGAGAUCUGGGCCGAUCAGAGCUACAAGGCGACCAGGCUGCCCAAGAACGUCCCCACGCUCGCGCUGAUUCACCCCAAGAACCCCGACGUCGUCUACUUCUUUCUGGAAGAGCACCUCUUUGGUGUUGACGUGCGUGCUCGCAAGGUGGUGGAGUGCGAGGUCUAUGGCCUGGUUGCGCCGCCCAGCUGCUGCAUCGCCACCCGCUUCGUUCGGGCCUGGGAGCUGCCGCGGGCACUCUCCUCAGGUAAAUGGUCUAAUGGUAUCAACUUGGCUGAAGAAUCGUUUGCUAGACCAUACCAACCAUCUGGAGGAGAUUACCACUUGGUGGGAGUUACCAAGAAGACAUUCAUCGGUUGAAAUGGGGGAGCAACUGUGUAUGCCUAACAGUGUCCUAGUGGCAGGUGUAGUUGCGCUGAAUUCAGGUUAUGGAGUGGCUGCAGUAUAAGGUCCGCCCUGGUGUCAUGCAUGCUUUGGUGCGCGAAGUAGCUUAACAUGUUUCUUAGUGCAUCACAUGGUGACUGAUCAGAAUUCUGUGAAACACUAUCGUUUUUUUGGUAUUUAUUAUCUCCUAGGAGGGAACAACUUGUACUGAAAGAUGUAAUUUUGGGGCAUAUGAUGGAUCGCUCCAGUGAUCAUUUGAACUGCGAAGCUUUGAUUCUCUUCA